CGAGCCGCUGACACUCUGGCCUGUCUGGACUGCUCAGCCGGCACAAUCUUUCAGAGUCCGGGACUCUGGCCCGGUAGCAGCUACCUGCAAUGAAGACGUAUGAUUCAGUCGUUUAACCCAGAUGGUCAGGUCUGUAGGUCUGAGACCCACACUCUGUACUGGAGGAGAAGGGGAGGGAGAGCUCUGUACAGUUCAACUUGGAUACUCAGAGGCAAUAGAGGAGAGAGAGAGAUGAGGCUUAUUCUACAUGUCAGGACUAAAUUGAUAAUUGUAUGGGGAACCUGAAUUCUGAUAGCUGGCCUAGAAUUUGAAAGGCCAGAGUAAUUGGAUUCGGAGCACAAAGCAACAGGAGCCCACAGUAACAGCCUGUGGUGUAAGUAGAAUGACAGUGUCAACCCAUAUUACCACUAUAUGACUGUGGGUUCAGAGUGUCCCUGCCUACUGUCAAUCAUUCAUUUACCAACCCUCCCAAUCGCUUAUCAAUCAAGCCUGUCGAUAACCAUGCCCAAUGGUUAUUCUAUGUAUUCCAUUGGUGCAAUGAAGCCAUAAUGUCCUGUCAUCCUUCUCUUAUGCCCUAUGUCAGAUCCUAUUUGCCAAUUGGCUGCCUUGGGAGUCAUGAUAGUAGUAGAGAAACACUGAGCAUAUGCGAUACAUAUAUUAGUAUGAUGACACUGCUGGCAGAAAUGGUCUGAGACUGAUGUUUUGGCAUGGAAAUAGAUAGAUCUUGCUUGUUUUCCUUGUCGACUAGGCCAGGCCAAGUUCUUGUCAGGCCAUAAAAGUUUUUCAGUCAAUCUCUUAACAGUAAUGCAAUACUGUCAUCUCUCUCUCUCUCUCUCUCUCUCUCUCUCUCUCUCUCUCUCUCUCUCUCUCUCUCUCUCUCUCUCUCCCUCUCCCUUUCUACAGUAAUUUAGAAUUAGGAUAUGAUCUAAAUACUAAAAUGAUGCCAUUUUGAUAUUUAUUACCACCACAUUACCACCAAAUAAAAGCGUUAUGAAGCCACAAUGAGAACAAAACAAGGCCCUGUCUCAGACUGGAACAGUUAACCUGUCUCAGACUGGAACAGCUACCCUGUCUCAGACUGGAACAGUUACCCUGUCUCAGACUGGAACAGUUACCCUGUCUCAGAUUGGAACAGUUACCCUGUCUCAGAUUGGAACAGUUACCCUGUCUCAGACUGGAACAGUUACCCUGUCUCAGACUGGAACAGAUACCCUGUCUCAGACUGGAACAGUUACCCUGUCUCAGACUGGAACAGCUACCCUGUCUCAGACUGGAACAGUUACCCUGUCUCAGACUGGAACAGCUACCCUGUCUCAGAUUGGAACAGCUACCCUGUCUCAGACUGGAACAGUUACCCUGUCUCAGACUGGAACAGUUACCCUGUACAAGACUGGAACAGUUACCCUGUCUCAGACUGGAACAGUUACCCUGUCUCAGACUGGAACAGUUACCCUGUCUCAGACUGGAACAGCUACCCUGUCUCAGACUGGAACAGUUACCCUGUCUGAGACUGGAACAGCUACCCUGUACAAGACUGGAACAGUUACCCUGUCUCAGAAUGGAACAGUUAACCUUUCUCAGACUGGAACAGGUACCCUGUCUCAGACUGGAACAGUUACCCUUUCUCAGACUGGAACAGCUACCCUGUCUCAGACUGGAACAGCUACCCUGUCUCAGACUGGAACAGCUACCCUGUCUCAGACUGGAACAGUUACCCUGUCUCAGACUGGAACAGCUACCCUGUCUCAGACUGGAACAGUUACCCUGUCUCAGAUUGGAACAGUUACUCUGUCUACGACUGGAACAGUUAUCCUUUCUCAGACUGGAACAGUUACCCUGUCUCAGACUGGAACAGCUACCCUGUCUCAGACUGGAACAGUUAACCUUUCUCAGACUGGAACAGUUACCCUGUCUGAGACUGGAACAGUUACCCUGUCUCAGACUGGAACAGUUACCCUGUCUCAGAAUGGAACAGUUAACCUUUCUCAGACUGGAACAGUUACCCUGUCUCAGACUGGAACAGUUAACCUGUCUCAGACUGGAACAGUUACCCUGUACAAGACUGGAACAGUUACCCUGUCUCAGACUGGAACAGUUACCCUGUCUCAGACUGGAACAGUUACCCUGUCUCAGACUGGAACAGCUACCCUGUCUCAGACUGGAACAGUUACCCUGUCUCAGAUUGGAACAGUUACCAUGUCUCAGACUGGAAAAUGUACCGUGCUUAGACUGGAACAGUUACCCUGUCUCAGAUUGGAACAGCUACCCUGUCUCAGACUGGAACAGUUACCCUGUCUCAGACUGGAACAGCUACCCUGUCUCAGACUGGAACAAUUACCAUGUCUCAGACUGGAACAGUUAACCUGUCUCAGACUGGAACAUUUACCGUGUCUUAGACUGGAACAGGUACCCUGUCUCAGACUGGAACAGCUACCCUGUCUCAGACUGGAACAGUUAUCCUGUCUCAGACUGGAACAGCUACCCUGUCUCAGACUGGAACAGUUACCCUGUCUCAGACUGGAACAAUUACCAGGUCUCAGACUGGAACAGUUAACCUGUCUCAGACUGGAACAUUUACUGUGUCUGAGACUGGAACAGUUACCCUGUCUCAGAAUGGAACAGUUAACCUUUCUCAGACUGGAACAGGUACCAUGUCUCAGACUGGAACAGUUAACCUGUCUCAGACUGGAACAGUUACCCUGUACAAGACUGGAACAGUUACCCUGUCUCAGACUGGAACAGUUACCCUGUCUCAGACUGGAACAGCUACCCUGUAUCAGACUGGAACAGUUACCCUGUCUCAGAUUGGAACAGUUACCCUGUCUCAGACUGGAACAGUUAACCUGUCUCAGACUGGAACAGCUACCCUGUCUCAGACUGGAACAGUUACCCUGUCUCAGACUGGAACAGUUACCCUGUACAAGACUGGAACAGCUACCCUGUCUCAGACUGGAACAGUUACCCUGUCUCAGAAUGGAACAGCUACCCUGUCUCAGACUGGAACAGUUACCCUGUCUCAGAUUGGAACAGUUACCCUGUCUCAGACUGGAACAGCUACCCUGACUCAGACUGGAACAGCUACCCUGUCUCAGACUGGAACAGUUACCCUGUCUCAGAUUGGAACAGUUACCCUGUCUUAGACUGGAACAGUUACCCUGUCUCAGACUGGAACAGUUACCCUGUCUCAGACUGGAACAGUUACCCUGUCUCAGACUGGACAGCUACCCUGACUCAGACUGGAACAGUUACCCUGUCUCAGACUGGAACAGCUACCCUGUCUCAGAUUGGAACAGCUACCCUGUCUCAGACUGGAACAGUUACCCUGUCUCAGAUUGGAACAGUUACCCUGUCUCAGACUGGAACAAUUACCCUAUCUCAGACUGGAACAGCUACCCUGUCUCAGACUGGAACAAUUACCCUGUCUCAGACUGGAACAGUUACCCUGUACAAGACUGGAACAGUUACCCUGUCUCAGAAUGGAACAGCUACCCUGUCUCAGACUGGAACAGUUACCCUGUCUCAGACUGGAACAGUUAGCCUGUACAAGACUGGAACAGUUACCCUGUCUCAGACUGGAACAUUUACCCUGUCUCAGACUUGAACAGUUACCCUGUACAAGACUGGAACAGUUACCCUGUCUCAGACUGGAACAGUUACCCUGUCUCAGACUGGAACAGCUACCCUGUCUCAGACUGGAACAGUUACCCUGUCUCAGACUGGAACAGUUACCCUGUACAACACUGGAACAGUUACCCUGUCUCAGACUGUAACAGUUACCCUGUCUCAGACUGGAACAGUUACCCUGUCUCAGACUGGAACAGUUACCCUGUCUCAGACUGGAACAGUUACCCUGUACAAGACUGGAACAGUUACCCUGUCUCAGACUGGAACAGUUACCCUGUCUCAGACUGGAACAGUUACCCUGUAAAAGACUGGAACAGUUACCCUGUCUCAGACUGGAACAGCUACCCUGUCUCAGACUGGAACAGCUACCCUAUCUCAGACUGGAACAGCUACCCUGUCUCAGACUGGAACAGUUACCCUGUCUCAGAUUGGAACAGUUACCCUGUCUUAGACUGGAACAGUUACCCUGUCUUAGACUGGAACAGUUACCUUGUCUCAGACUGGAACAGCUACCCUAUCUCAGACUGGAACAGUAAACCUGUCUCAGACUGGAACAGUUACCCUGUACAAGACUGGAACAGUUACCCUGUCUCAGACUGGAACAGUUACCCUGUCUCAGACUGGAACAGCUACCCUGUCUCAGACUGGAACUGUUACCCUGUCUCAGAUUGGAACAGUUACCCUGUCUCAGACUGGAACAGUUACCCUGUCUCAGAUUGGAACAGUUACCCUGUCUCAGACUGGAACAGUUACCCUGUCUCAGACUGGAACAGCUACCCUGUCUCAGACUGGAACAGUUACCCUGUCUCAGACUGGAACAGUUACCCUGUCUCAGACUGGAACAGUUACCCUGUACAAGACUGGAACAGUUACCCUGUCUCAGACUGGAACAGUUACCCUGUCUCAGACUGGAACAGCUACCCUGUCUCAGAUGGGAACAGUUACCCUGUCUCAGACUGGAACAGUUACCCUGUACAAGACUGGAACAGUUACCCUGUCUCAGACUGGAACAGUUACCCUGUCUCAGACUGGAACAGCUACCCUGUCUCAGACUGGAACAGUUACCCUGUCUCAGAUUGGAACAGUUACCCUGUCUCAGACUGGAACAGUUACCCUGUCUCAGACUGGAACAGCUACCCUGUCUCAGACUGGAACAGCUACCCUGUCUCAGACUGGAACAGUUACCCUGUCUCAGAUUGGAACAGUUACCCUGUCUCAGACUGGAACAGUUACCCUGUCUCAGAUUGGAACAGUUACCCUGUCUCAGACUGGAACAGUUACCCUGUCUCAGACUGGAACAGCUACCCUGUCUCAGACUGGAACAGUUACCCUGUCUCAGACUGGAACAGUUACCCUGUCUCAGACUGGAACAGUUACCCUGUACAAGACUGGAACAGUUAACCUAUCUCAGACUGGAACAGCUACCCUGUCUCAGACUGGAUCAGUUACCCUGUCUCAGACUGGAACAGUUACCCUGUCUCAGACUGGAACAGUUACCCUGUACAAGACUGGAACAGUUACCCUGUCUCAGAUUGGAACAGUUACCCUGUCUCAGACUGGAACAGUUACCCUGUCUCAGACUGGAACAGCUACCCUGUACAAGACUGGAACAGCUACCCUGUCUCAGACUGGAACAGUUACCCUGUCUCAGAUUGGAACAGCUACCCAGUCUCAGACUGGAACAGUUACCCUGUCUCAGACUGAACAGUUACCCUGUCUCAGACUGGAAAAGUUACCCUGUCUCAGACUGGAACAGUUAACCUUUCUCAGACUGGAACAGCUACCCUGUCUCAGACUGGAACAGUUACCCUGUCUCAGACUGGAACAGUUAUCCUGUCUCAGACUGGAACAGUUACCCUGUCUCAGACUGGAACAGUUACCCUGUCUCAGACUGGAACAGUUACCCUGUCUCAGACUGGAACAGUUACCAAGUCUCAGACUGGAACAUCUACCCUGUCUCAGACUGGAACAGUUACCCUGUCUCAGAUUGGAACAGCUACCAUGUCUCAGACUGGAACAGUUACCCUGUCUCAGACUGGAACAGUUACCCUGUCUCAGACUGGACAGCUACCCUGUCUCAGACUGGAACAGCUACCCUGUCUCAGACUGGAACCGCUACCCUGUCUCAGACUGGAACAGUUACCCUGUCUCAGAUUGGAACAGUUACCCUGUCUUAGACUGGAACAGUUACCCAGUCUUAGACUGGAACAGUUACCCUGUCUCACACUGGAACAGCUACCCUAUCUCAGACUGGAACAGUUAACCUGUCUCAGACUGGAACAUUUACCGUGUCUCAGACUGGAACAGUUACCCUGUCUCAGAUUGGAACAGCUACCCUGUCUCAGACUGGAACAGUUACCCUGUCUCAGACUGGAACAGUUAUCCUGUCUCAGAUUGGAACAGGUACCCUGUCUCAGACUGGAACAGUUACCCUGUCUCAGAUUGGAACAGUUACCCUGUCUUAGACUGGAACAGCUACCCUAUCUCAGACUGGAACAGUUAACCUGUCUCAGACUGGAACAUUUACCGUGUCUUAGACUGGAACAGUUACCCUGUCUCAGACUGGAACAGCUACCCUUUCUCAGAUUGGAACAGUUACCCUGUCUCAGACUGGAACAGCUACCCUGUCUCAGACUGGAACAGCUACCCUGUCUCAGACUGGAACAGUUACCCUGUCUCAGAUUGGAACAGCUACCCAGUCUCAGAUUGGAACAGUUACCCUGUCUCAGACUGGAACAGUUACCAUGUCUCAGACUGGAACAGCUACCCUGUCUCAGACUGGAACAGCUACCCAGUCUCGUUAACCUGUCUCAGACUGGAACAGUUACCCUGUCUCAGAUUGGAACAGUUACCCUGUCUCAGACUGGAACAGUUACCCUGUCUCAGACUGGAACAGUUACCCUGUCUCAGAUUGGAACAGUUACCCUGUCUCAGACUGGAACAGUUACCCUGUCUCAGAUUGGAACAGUUACCCUGUCUCAGACUAGAACAGUUACCCUGUCUCAGACUGGAACAGCUACCCUGUCUCAGACUAGAACAGCUACCCUGUCUCAGACUGGAACAGUUAACCUAUCUCAGAUUGGAACAGUUACCCUGUCUCAGACUGGAACAGUUACCCUGUCUCAGAUUGGAACAGUUACCCUGUCUCAGACUAGAACAGUUACCCUGUCUCAGACUGGAACAGUUACCCUGUCUCAGACUGGAACAGCUACCCUGUCUCAGACUGGAACAGCUACACUGUCUCGUUACCCUGUCUCAGACUGGAACAGUUACCCUGUCUCAGACUGGAACAGCUACCCUGUCUCAGACUGGAACAGCUACCCUGUCUCAGACUGGAACAGUUACUCUGUCUCAGACUGGAACAGUUACCCUGUCUCAGACUGGAACAGCUACCCUGUACAAGACUGGAACAGUUACCCUGUCUCAGACUGGAACAGCUACCCUGUCUCAGACUGGAACAGUUACCCUGUCUUAGACUGGAACAGCUACCCUGUCUCAGACUGGAACAGUUACCCUGUCUCAGAUUGGAACAGCUACCCAGUCUCAGACUGGAACAGUUACCCUGUCUCAGACUGAACAGUUACCCUGUCUCAGACUGGAACAGCUACACUGUCUCGUUACCCUGUCUCAGACUGGAACAGUUACCCUGUCUCAGACUGGAACAGCUACCCUGUCUCAGACUGGAACAGUUAACCUGUCUCAGACUGGAACAGCUACCCUGUCUCAGACUGGAACAGUUACUCUGUCUCAGACUGGAACAGUUACCCUGUCUCAGACUGGAACAGUUACCCUGUCUCAGACUGGAACAGUUACCCUGUCUCAGACUGGAACAGCUACCCUGUCUCAGACUGGAACAGUUACCCUGUCUCAGACUGGAACAGCUACCCUGUCUCAGACUGGAACAGUUACCCUGUCUCAGACUGGAACAGCUACCCUGUACAAGACUGGAACAGUUACCCUGUCUCAGACUGGAACAGUUACCCUGUCUCAGACUGGAACAGUUACCCUGUCUCAGACUGGAACAGCUACCCUGUCUCAGACUGGAACAGUUAACCUGUCUCAGACUGGAACAGCUACCCUGUCUCAGACUGGAACAGCUACCCUGUCUCAGACUAGAACAGUUACCCUGUCUCAGACUGGAACAACUAUCCUGUCUCAGACUGGAACAGUUACCCUGUCUCGU